AUGUGUCGACGGAAACUAAAAAAUAAUUUCAAUUCAAAUUUGAUUGUGAAGAAAAACGCACACAGGCAGCAGAUAAUGAAGUUCUACGUCGGAAUAUUGCUACUGGCGCUCACUACGAGUACGCUAAGUGCUCCACUAAGCCAGUCUGACUAUGAUGAUGCUGAGCUAAUAGCUGGCUACUUCCAGGGCGAUAUUGUCUUGGCACCUUCGCAGCGAAAUGGUCACCGCAAUGAGACACUACGCUGGCCCAACAACACUGUCUACUACAAAAUCAAUGAUGGAUAUUUCGACGAAGCGCAUCGAAACCACAUUUUACGCGGUAUUAAAAUCAUAGAAGAGCUCUCGUGCAUUCGCUUUGAGGAAGCCACCGCAGAUCAAAAGUAUUAUGUGAAUAUCACCGGUGAGGCGGGCGGCUGUUACUCGAGCAUUGGCUGGUUGAAUGGCGUACAGUAUUACAAUCUUCAGGAUUAUCCUCUGGACACGGGCUGCUUCCGACUCGGUACAAUCGUGCAUGAGUUCCUACACACGCUCGGCUUCUUUCAUAUGCAAAGUGCCGCGAAUCGCGAUGAAUACGUGCGCAUAGAAUUCGAUAAUAUUCAGGAGGGUAUGGAGUUUAAUUUCGAGAAAUAUGACGAAGAUUACAUCGACGACUACGAUGAGGAAUACGAUUACGGUAGUAUAUUACACUACCAUGCUUAUUCAUUCUCGAUAAAUGGCGAAAAGACAAUUAUACCAUUGAAAGAGGAAGGUGAGAUUAUUGGUCAACGACGCGGCAUGAGCAAAAGUGAUAUCAAUAAGCUGAAUACGAUGUAUCGUUGUCCAGUAACAGUUUAAGUGAAUUAAUCUUAAAAA